AGUUCGCUUCACUCUAUCCGUCUCAGUGGUCCUUACAAGAUGGCGGAGGCCGAUUCUUGGGACGCUGACAGCUUCGAGCCGGAGGAGCCGCUCUCUCAGGCGGCGGCGGGUCGUGAUAAAUGGGAGGGCGAGGAUGAGGAUGAAGAUGUGAAAGAUAAUUGGGAUGAUGAAGAAGAGGAAGAAGAAAAGGUGACAGAAACAAAAGCAGUCACAGUGGCAAAGCCUACAGAAAAGAAAAAACUUAGCGACAAAAUCAAAGAGAAAGAGAGUUUACAAAGGAAAAGACAAGAAGAGCUUCGAAAGCAGUUAGAGGAACCAAAAGACAGCACAGAACUCACACCAGAGGAGGAGUUAGCAGAAAAACUUAGAGUGAAGAAGCUUCAGGAGGAUUCAGACUUGGAACUAGCGAAAGAUGCUUUUGGCAUUGUAUCAAAUAACGUAACAGGAAUUGAUGCCAUGAGUCCUUCCUCCAAAGAUGAUUUCACUGAGUUUGAGCGGUUGCUGAAAGAUAAAAUAACUUCAUAUGAGAAGUCAAUACACUAUUCCAGCUUUUUAGAGUCACUCUUCAGAGACCUGUGUCUUUCAUUGGAAGUUGAAGACUUGAAGAAAAUUAACAACUCUCUCACAGUGUUACUCAGUGAGAAGCAGAGGCAAGAGAAGCAAAAUAAAGGGAAGAAGAAAAAGAAAGGCGUUUUACCUGGAGGUGGAUUAAAAGCCAAGAUGAAGGAUGAUCUUGCUGACUAUGGCGAGUUUGACGGAGGUUAUGUACAAGACUAUGAGGAUUUUAUGUGACCCCGGCUUAAUAACCAAUCACAUUCCUUGAUUGCUGAAACAUACACCUUUACAGCAUGACCUCUCCCUGCAGCCAGACCCACUUCCAGAGCCAUGCUAGAAAACUGAACGUCAUCCCAUGUAACACAUGCUAGCCUAAGCUUAAGUGGUAUAUUCUGAGAAAGAUUUUUCUCUGGUUUAUAUUGACUGUAGGUCAGUCCAGUGCUUGCUGGGAAAAACAGUGAUAAUGAGGUAAUGUUCUCUUUUAAAAGUCUCAGAAAGUAAAAAAUGAAAACUGAUAGAUAUGAACCAGCAGCUUCAUUCGAGAUUCUAUAAAGGAUUGACAGUAUUACUGUUUGAAACUGCUACUACUUGGAAAUAAAUAUGACGUUCUAUGCAAAUUUCAUAACAUGUCUAUAUGUCAUGCAUUUUGAUUAGAUUUGGGCCAGCAUUUAUGAGGAGGCUAUAUCCGACUGCUCACUGCUCUUGCUAAAUAAGGCAAACUAUAAUGUAUGUGAUUGUCCUUUAAAGCAGUCACAUGUACACCAUCAUUUUCAUUUUUCUGUUUUUAGAUGAUAGUGUUAUUGAUUUGUUUAGAUGCAUUGAAACUAAAGAGUUGAGCGUAGUGUGCUGGAUCUGAUUUAAAAAAUGUAUUUUCACCUGCAAAGACAGAGCAGUUUAAGUAUGCAUUCCAUGUGACUCACCGAACCAGAGUUAAGGAGCUAUAAUUUGCUGCAUAUUUAAAAUAUUCCAUGCUGUAAGGUGCAUUUCAAGUUUGCAAAGUAGUCCUCUGAAUUUUAGCCGAGCUGAUUUUGUGAAGAUUAUAUUUGCAGUUUAACCGUUUUCUUUAUGCUCAGUGUCGCUCAUUUGAUCGUAACCAUGCAAGUGAGAAUGAUGUUAUGUUACAAAGGAAUUUAAGAAUGUUAGUCUGGUUACUUUGCAAAGGACCAAGAGUCUUUAGAUAUAUUCAGGUGGAACAUGGAGUUUCCAUUUUUUUAGAUUUGCUUUAUGGAGAUUUAACAUCAAAGCAAAACAGAUUUGCUUUAUGGAGAUUUAACAUCAGCAAAGCAAAUAAUAGGAUUCUGCAGUGUUUUAUAAAGAUCUAAUUUAAUAAAAGUCCUCAAAAAGUAAA